CACACGGAAGAAAAGGUUCCAGCUAGCUAGAAACAGGGAUGUAAAAUUUUCUAGUGCGUCGGUUGUUUUCGCAUUUUUUUUUAUUAAAUUCAUCGCGAGGACGGACCUAUUUAUUAUAUUUUGUUCUCGCAUGUAACUUUGCAUGAAUAAACAUGGCGACGUGCAUUCCCUUUCAGACCCAGUUAUCCUCUAUAAUGGAGGUUUUGGUUAAAGCAGCAGUGGCAGAGAUAUCCAAACUAGUCGAUGACAAAUGUGCGUUUUUGCAUCUUGAAAUCUCUCGAAAGCAAAGCGAGAAUGAGAUGUUGAAGAGGAAAUUGGUGAUGAUGGAGAAUAAAAAUGCACAGCUACAGCGGGGGUUCGAAAACUACAUGGACCGAGGGACUGACGUGGGGAACUGUCCGCACCCCACAGGAGAUAUUAAGUUUCCUGAUAUUGACGACGCCACUGUUUCUUUCACAAUUAAAGAAGAAAGUCCAGAUGAGGCGCUGUGGAUCAGUGAUUCUGCUGGACCAAUUGGUUCUGCUGUACAAUACCGCAAUCCAGCCAACGUUGCAGAGAGCCAGCAGCUUGGAGAGGACCGUCGGUUGAACCACCCAGAGGUCACUGCGCCGAAAACAUCAGAGUUUGGUGAGUUGUAUGACUCUGGUCAGCAUGCAGGAGACAUCAGUGGCCUUCAGUUUACUGUCAAGACCGAGAAGGAGGAGAAUCGAUCAGGAUUCAGUCAGGAUAGAUGCCAGCACGGCGCGGGGAAGCACACUCAACAUGCAGCUGACUUUUCCAUGGACGAAAGGGAGGAUCAGCUCUGGUCAUCCAUAAUUGAAGGUGAUGAUAUCGAUGCUGGUUUUCCUGAUUUUUCGAGUGUGGUGGAGGAAUACUCCAACACAUUUCCGGACGAUUCUGAUGUUCAUGUGGUUUCUAACACUACCAAGUCUGUUAACGUCCAGCAGCUGUCCUCUCAGAGGCCGUGUAAUGGGAUUUACAACAGUGAGUAUCAGAAGGAUGUUCCACAGUCAUCCAGUUUUCAACCCAGACCUCAGGGUAACCUAUCACAGCAAGACAGGCAGAAGGAACAAGUUUACUCGCAGAGAAACCCCUCGCAUGUUGCACAUCUGAGGCAGCCAGAUGAACACCCCGAGAGGGAGACUGCAGCUGGAGAUAGAGCAGUCGUAAGUCACUCGCACAACACUUUCACAACAAGCAGCUUCCACCCUCACAAACCUCUCUCUGGCACGGCACGGGGCUACGCAUGCUCACACUGUGGGAAGACGUUCGGCCGUUUGCACCAGUUCAAGCUGCACCAGCAAAGUCAUAAGAGAAAGCGGGCGUUCUGGUGCACGGUGUGCGGGAAGAGCUUCCAGUGUUCGUCCCACCUCAGCAUACACCACCGAACACACACGGGCGAGAAGCCGUACGGUUGCGGACAGUGCGGGAAGAGGUUCACGCAGCAGAGCAGUCUAAGGGUCCACCAGCGCACCCACAGCGGGGAACGACCCUACAGUUGCUCGCUGUGCGGGAAAACCUUCAUCCUGAUGCACCAUCUGAAACGGCACAGAAUCAUUCACACAUACAGCUGAGGGGGAGAUGUUUCAAGUGAAGCUGCUCAGGUGAAAUGACAAAAAUGAACCAAACCAAAAAGCCAGGGAGCUUUUCGGGGACUUGUGACUUUGUGGCAUUGCUCACAGACUUUGUAUAUUAAAGCAUAUUCUACUAUGCAAAAUCCAUCUGGAUGGAUUUUAAGAUGUUUGCUUCUUUUUUAAAUACUUCUAAUUAUUAAAACAAAACUGAAUUGCACCCUCAAACAGAAUUCACACAAGUCAGUAUUUUUAAGAAACCUCCAAAGCUAGAAAUCCAAAAAAACAAGGUCUAAAAUGUGAAGUCAUUAAAAGAAAAACCCUGCGGAUUCCCUCUUACAGUUACCUGCAUACUGAUCUUCACUCAUAGACAGUUUGUUUUAGCUCUUCGUGUAGAAAUAUGCCUUAUUUCAUCUCAGCACUGAAACUGUAGAAGCACAAGAUGCUCAUUAUCCCCAUUAAGUCUCUCCUUUACAGUCACAAGAGGGCUCUCCAUUCAGAGACAGAGAAGCACCUCAGGUUUAUGUUUCAGUGUCAACAUUGGUGAAAACCUGCCUGACUAUUGUUCUGAGUUGAAUUUGUCCAUAAAACAUAUCCCCAAAAAUCCUUUGCUCGUUGUUAUGAUUUAUAAAGCUCCUCGAUUUCUUCACUGUAUGUAACUCUCAGGUAAUUCUUGCCGUUGGGUAUCAUUCACUGUAUUUAUUUGGUAUUCAGAAUUUGAAUUGAAGCCAACAAUUUCAAUUGAUCUUUAUUAAUUAUUUUAGUAUUAUUUAGUAUGUAUCCCAUUUUUUUCAAAGCCGAAGAUGUAGCCUUUGGAUUGUUUGUUUUCUAACUAGCGCUAUAAAACCCAAAGCUGUAAGAUUUAUAAUUAUGUAAAAUGUGAAAAUCAGGAAAUCCUCACAGCUGGAUCCAGGGAAUGAUUGGCAUUUUUAUUUUGAUAAAUGACAGAUAAUUGAUCAAAAUCAUUACUCAUUACUAACUGUUUCACUACUACUCAAAUUACGGCCUCAUUCAAGCCUGUAGUUUUGUCACUGUGUAGGUGAAUUGUCAGCAGAGGGCAGUGUAACUCAUCCUUUUAAACAUCACAGUUGCAGUGAGGGAACUAAUUUUCCACAGUGCUGCUGCCUGAACAGGAACAGGAGCUUCAUGCUUUAAAGUUCCUGUUGCAAAAAGUAAAGGUAGC